CCGGAGCACGUGGCCAUGCCCGGCUGGGCUGUUAGCGCGCAUGCUCAGUGGAGGCCAAGCCGCUCGCAGCAGCUGACGGGCCGCUGUUUGCGGCCGGGACCGGCCCGCCGCGCGCCCAUGGAGGGGAGCCUGGUCCGCGCCUUCGGGGGCCUGAGUCUGCAGCCCCCGGCCCGGGCGCAGCCCCGCAGGCGCCGCUUCAGCAAACGCCUCUACCUGCUGCGCGGCCUGCCCGGCUCCGGGAAAACCACGCGGGCCAGACAACUGAAACGUGAAUUUCCUGGUGCUGUGAUUCUUAGCACUGAUGACUUUUUCUUCACGGAAGAUGGCACCUAUGUGUUCAGUCCUGAUUGUCUAGACGAAGCACACUUAUGGAACCAAAAGAGAGCACAUAAAGCAAUGAAGAAUGGGAAAUCCCCGGUUAUUAUUGAUAAUACCAACAUCCACGCUUGGGAAAUGAAGCCAUAUGUGAUUAUGGCACGUGAGAAUAACUAUGAAGUUAUAUUCCAAGAACCUGACACACACUGGAAAUUCAAUGUUCGAGAGUUAGCAAGAUCUACCAGAUCCUCAGCAGAAGCAAAGGAGGGUGUGGUUGAAAUACAGAUAGGGACCACACAUCUCAAAGAACUUCCAGUUACAGAUGGGAAGAGUGUUUCCUGCCACCAUCCAGAAGAACAAUCAAAAUCAGAUGGGAACAUCGCAAUACAAAGGAUUGAUUAAUGGCCCUAUCGCAUCUUAGAAACACCACAUGCAAGGAAGCUGGUCUAUGGACUUGGAGGCUGAAUGACGGAAACGAAACAAAGACACAGGAAGAUGUUACAGCUCUGUUGUUUGAACUCUGACAGGGCCAGAGGCUCUAAACUGAGAGGCAGAGACCCCCAGGGUCCGUCCUGAAAUCCAUCUUGAAUUGACAGAGAUGUAGUAUCUUUAAAAAUCAUAGAUGAUAACUUAUUUGUGUUUAUGUUUGCUUGCUUUAGCCUGGAAAUAAUUCUCUUAUUUCUUUUUUCUAGUUAAUAAACCUUUAAGUUAGUUUAUUACAGGAUUGGCUACAGGCGUUGUCUUUGGUGUGAGAUAGAAGAUACAAAUUGAUCUGGGGUAAGUAACUGGUCUCUUGGGACUGGAUGCAACCUGAAUAUUAUGUGAUUUAUGGUAUAAGUAACCAUUUAUCACUAAAUCCAGUCUGCCUGGGUGGCAAGAUACACUGCCUUAGACUCUACAGUGUUUCUCAAAUGCAGCCACCAGGGGCUUUUCUUGCAGACACAGCCUCCUAGGCAGUGAUGGGGGGAAUGGGGGGAAGCAGUGGUCCCUCCCAAAGGGCCACCAGGGGUUGGACCCUGGCCCCCUCUGGAGACACAAAUGCUAGAGGAGCAGGCAGCUAGUGAGUUCCCCACCUUCCUGGGGAUGUAGGUUCAGGCUCCAGCCCUGGAGUGGCAGGCAGUAGGCUCUGGUCACAGGGCUCCAACCCCAACUGCAGGGCUCACCCCCCAUCGCCCCUGACCCCCGCCAGCCUGUCAUGCAUUCCCCUCUGUCCUUCACGUCCCCCCUACCAACCUCCCUAUCCAAGGCUUAAUUUGUCCCCGGGCUUGCCAGGACCGAGUAAGUCUGCUGCUGCGGAAAAUGAUAUUUGUAUAUUGGUUAAUAUCGCUUUUGACAGCAGCAGACUUACUAGCUAGCAAGUCUUUUAACAAAAGCAACCAAAAAAGGCAAAAAAACAAUAACAAAAAAGAUAAGAACCAGCAGAGCACCUUAUUUGAGUUUCUAUUCUGUUAAGAUCCUGUAAAGAAGAGAAGCAACUGUACAUUAUUUUUAUUAUUGAGUCUGCAAAAAAUAUUCAAUAAAUUAUAAUGAUUUGGA